AUGAGCCUCAUCAGUCAGAGAGAGGAAGUGGUGAGUAUCAGGAAGCUGAAGCUCCGUCUGGGUUCAGUCAGUUCUGACUGUGAGAGCAACAGACACACAAUGGCUCAACUCUCAUGGAUUCAAGGCUUUUUAUUCAUCAUCCUGCACCUCACAGUCGCUGCAGAUGAAACAUCUGUUAUAAAGAGAGAAGGAGAUGAAGUCAUGUUGUCAUGUCCAAAACUGAUCGAUGGUCAGAGGAAGUGCAGAAAUACAACAUGGAUCUUUGCUCAUUCAAAAACCAGUUCAUCAGUAGAACUGGUUACACUGGGUCAGAUUAACAGUUAUAAUGCAGACAGACUGAGUCUGACAUCAGACUGUUCUCUGGUUAUAAAGAAGGUCAGAGAGGAAGAUGCUGGACAGUAUGAAUGUCAGCAAUGGGACACAGAAAGAGACAAAGACACUCUGGUUCAUAGAUCUACUGUAUAUCUGUCUGUUGUUCACUUGACUGAACAGACGGAGAAUCAGAGGGCGACAUUAAGCUGCUCUGUGGUGACCUCUGACCCCUGUCGAUACAAAGUCCAGUGGUUUUAUCAGGAUAUGAACAACAAAGAAUCAUCAUCAGGUCCUGGCUGCUCUGCUACUGUCACUUUAUCAUCAGGGUUUAGGUUUGCUCAGUGUAAAGUGACUCAAACUGGAACUGAUGAAGAGUUUAGGUUCAGUCUGCAGCCGUCAGCAGGAAAAAUUCAACCAACAACAAAACCUGGAAACACAAAGUCAGAGACAACCAAACAAAAAACACGUAAUGAUUCAAAAACCUCUAAAGCAGGAACAUUUAAACCAACAACAAAACCUGGAAACACAAAGUCAGAGACAACCAAACAAAAAACACAUAAUGAUUCAAAAACCUCUAAAGAAUCAUCAUUUCUAACAUUAGCUCACUCUGAUGGUGCUGACCUCACUGCCAAGAAUGAUCCUGAAGGUGACGUCGCCUACGCCUCCAUCAGCUACACCAAGAAGUCCAGCAGCAACACCAAAGUCCGGGGUAAAAACGAUGAAGAUGAUGAUGACGAUGAUGGCUCAGUGACCUACAGCAAAGUGAAUCUUUCUAAACCUUCAUCCUCUGAUGAUCCCAGCAAACUGUACGCUGUCGUCAACAAACCCAAACACUGA